ACACCUCCUCCCCCUGUUAAUGUCUCCAUUCUGACACCUACUCACUUUCACCACAUUCUUCGCCAGCCGGAUGCCGAACUUUACAUUGUCGACAUCAUGGACCUUCUUACCUGCAACUCCAUGCAUCAGGACGUGGAGUUGGUCGAGCUCGAUCCACCACCCCCUGAGCCUCUAGAUCCUCCUGAUUCGCCGACUCCUUCCACUCCUGCUUCAGACGCUGCUGCUGCUAAGGAAUUUGAUGACCUCCUAGCGACCUUGCAGCCAAGCGUCGCUACUCUCCUUCGCGAGUAUCGCGAUGUCUUUCCUUCAUCUGUGUCCUAUAGUAGCAUUCCUCCUAUGCGUGACAUCGAGCACCGCAUCCAGCUCGAACCGAACUACCGUGUCCAGCAUCGAGCCCCAUACCGCCUCUCGGUCCCCGAAGCCCAGGAACUUAAACGCCAGAUCGAUGAGCUGCUUCGUCAGGGCUUCAUUAAACCGAGCACGUCACCGUGGAGCGCACCAGUCCUCUUCGAUCAAAAGAAGGACGGCGCCCUCCGCCUCUGUCUCGAUUACCGCGGCCUCAACCAGUAUACGGUCAAAAACAGUUAUCCCAUGCCCCGCGCAGAUGACCUGUUCGACCGCCUCGCUGGCCACCACUUUUUCACGAAGAUUGAUCUUCGCAGCGGAUACCACUUGAUCCGCGUGGCCAAGGAGGACCAGCACAAGACCGCGUUUCGCUCUCGAUUUGGACACUACGAGUUCACUGUCAUGCCGUUCGGCCUCCGUAACGGUCCUGCCACCUUCCAGAUGGCUAUGAACACGACGUUGCAGGACCUUCUCGAGGACUUUGUUCUAGUCUACAUUGAUGACAUCCUGAUCUACAGUGGUACCUUAGAGGAGCAUAUGACCCACCUCCGCACUGUCCUCCAGCGAUUACGCGACCACGGAUUCUAUGCGAAGCUCUCCAAAUGCGCCUUCGCUCAAUCCAAGAUCGACUUUCUAGGACAUCAGGUCUCCGAGCAUGGACUCCACAUGGACGACUCGAAGAUCCAGGCUAUCGUCGAUUGACCUACACCUACUUCUCUUUCUGCGCUACGUAGUUUCUUGGGGUUGACCAACUACKACG